UCUACUAGUAUAUAUAACAUGAAUUGAAAAUGGCGGCCGAAAAUGUUAUAGACAACUCUUGUCCAAUAGAUGUUAAAAGUUCUUCAAAUCCACGAAUCAUUUUAUUAUUUAGUGGUAAAAGGAAGUCCGGGAAAGAUUUUAUUACGAAUGUUUUGCAUGAAAGGAUCGGACCUGAUAGUGUCAUCCUUAGGUUAUCGGGACCAAUUAAAGCUCAUUGGGCAAAAUCUAUGAAUCUUGACAUCGAUGGACUUUUAGGAGAUGGAGAAUAUAAAGAAAAAUAUCGAAUUGAAAUGGCCAAAUGGGGAGAAAACGUUAGAAAUCGAGAUUAUGGCUAUUUUUGUCGUGCAGCUCUAGAUAUGUAUAAUGUACACGACAAAUCAAUAUGGAUAGUGAGUGAUGUAAGAAGAAAAACUGACAUUCAAUGGUUCAUGCAAAAUUUUGGAAGUGCAUGUAAAACAGUUCGUAUCUUAUCGGAUGAUACCACAAGAAAAAAACGUGGCUGGAUUUUUGUCCCAGGUGUUGAUGAUUCGGAAACUGAAUGCAAUUUGGAUGACGUGAAUACAUGGGAUUUGGAAGUGACAAAUAAUAAUGACAAUUUAGAGUUUGUUUUGCAGCAGAUAUUCAGAUUAAUAAGCUAGCCAAUUGAGCAAGAAUCUAUCUUGCACAUAUAUGUAUAUUGUUUAGCCAUAAAUUUAAAGAACACAAAUUGUUUCCACAAUGUUAGAAAUGAAACAAAAAAUAUAGAACCAAAGAGCAGAAAAAUUUUGGUAUUAUUUUCAUUUAAGAAAUAACGUAUAUUUUUUAAAGGUGGAUUUUUACCAUACAACAUUUCGAAUUUGCCAUAUUUCGUCCUACAGCGGUAUGUACGGUAGAAGCCUCAAACUACUAAACCAAACUAUUAAUUACCAACAGUUGAUAAUAAAUAGAAUGUUAUAGAUUUAAUUAUUGCAAUGUAAGAUGUAGGAUCGAUAUACGGAAAUAUUACAAAUUGUUGAAGAUCAAGAAUGUCAAA